AUGUAUCCUGGUGGUUAUACUGCUGAAAUUACAAACUUAUCUCCAAGAGCUACUGAGAAGGACGUGCACGAUUUUUUUGGAUACUGUGGUGUGAUUGAGCGCGUUGACGUGAUAAGACACAGUGAUUUUGAUUCUACUGCAUAUGUGACUUUUAAGGAAGCUUAUGCCCUGGAAACGGCAUUAUUGCUUAAUGGUUCGAUGAUUUUGGACCAAAGCAUUUCCAUUUCGCGCUGGGAAGCUUAUACAGAUGACAAUAAUUGGAACAGGAAUAAAAUUGAAGACAGUAUUACAUACUCUCAAGAUAUUCACAUGGAUAAGUUUGUUUCUUCCCCUGGAGAAGCUUUUACUAUGGCCCAACAAGUUGUCAAAACAAUGGUAGCAAAAGGAUAUGUACUGAGCAAAGACGCAUUUGUGAUGGCAAAAGCUUUCGACGAAUCGUGCAGUGUAUCAUCCACUGCAUCAGCCAAAGUUGCCGAACUCAGCAACAAAAUUGGAUUGACAGAAACCAUAAAUUCAGGUAUUGAAACUUUCAAAUCUGUUGACGAAAAAUAUCAUGUUACAGAUAUCACGAAAUCGGCCGCAGCGGUUACAGGGACAACAGCUAUAGUUGUGGCAACAGUUACUGGAAGAGCAGCUGUGGCUGCGAGUAAUGCUAUAGUCAAUAGCAGCUAUUUUGCGAAAGGAGCACUUUGGGUUUCAGAUAUGUUAUCUCGUGCGGCGAAAUCAGCCGCUGAUUUGGGUCAGCAUCAAAACAAAUGA